UUGUCGCAGUGUAAAAUUCUUCGUCUUUAUUUUUCAUGAUUUUAUAAGUUUAUUUUUGUGUUAAACAUGAUGGAGGGAUCAUUGAGCAAAUGGACAAAUGUGAUGAAGGGGUGGCAGUACCGGUGGUUUGUGCUGGACGAGAACGCUGGGUUGCUUUCAUAUUAUACGUCAAAAGAGAAGAUGACGCGCGGUGUGCGGCGCGGCUGCGUGCGUCUCCGCGCCGCCGUCAUCGGCAUCGACGAUGAGGACGACUCCACCUUCACCAUCACAGUCGACCACAAGACGUUUCAUUUUCAGGCCCGCGACGGCUCCGAGCGCGAGCGGUGGGUGCGCGCAUUAGAAGAUACUAUAGCUCGUCACGGGCGCCGCGAGCGCUGGUCGCGCUGCGUGCCCGCGCCCGCGCACCGGCACGGCGACCUCGAGCGGCGCAUCUCUGAAGCUGAUGCGUACCUGCAGAUCAUGAUCGAGCUGGUCAACAAAUUGAACAUACGAGUGUCAGACUUAACGGAACCGCACGAAAAAAGCAGAGCUCAAGUUAUAUUGGACCAUGCAAAUGCAAUGUUGGACAAUAUUAAGCAUUCCAUAGUACUUCUUCAAAUAGCUAAGAAUACGGUUAAUCCAGUGAAUGGCGUAUAUCAAGGACCAACGAAUCCAUCGCAAGCACAUAUCAAAGAAGACUUGUCCCCCCGCGUAGAGCUCGGCUCGGAGUGCCGCGAGCUGCCGCCGCUGCCGAUGACGCCGCUCGACCAUAUCGACGCGCCGCGGCAAGCGAUGUCACUCCUAGUGCCUGAUACCUCAUAUUCAUCAUCGGAGGGUGAAGACGAUUUCUAUGACGCUGAUGAAGAACCGGCCUCGCAAACUGAUCCUGGACCUAGCGCCAGCCGUACAUGCGGCGCGGAGGGUGCGGCCGAGCAGGACGCGUCGCCGGUGGACCUGCCGCGCACGCGAGAUGGCGAGAUCGACUACGAUGCCCUCUACGAGGACGAUUCGGACAGCGACCUCGGCUCUAUGGAGAACCACGGGUCCGUGGUCACGCACCUGCUGUCGCAAGUCAAGAUCGGCAUGGACCUUACUAAGGUCGUCUUACCCACAUUUAUUUUGGAGCGGCGAUCACUACUCGAAAUGUACGCUGACUCUUUCGCACACCCCGACCAGUUCGUCAAGAUAGUAGACCAGCCAACGCCCCGUGAACGCAUGGUGCAAGUUGUCCGCUGGUACCUGAGCUCGUACCACGCGGGCCGCAAGUCGCAAGUCGCCAAGAAACCGUACAACCCCAUACUGGGGGAGGUUUUUAGGUGCCACUGGGAUUUAGACGGCGUAGAACCACCCAGUAAUGGGGAUAAACAAGAAGUAGGCGACGGCCCUGUACCCUGGUGCUCACCAGACCAACUUUCCUUCGUCGCGGAACAAGUAUCCCACCACCCGCCUAUAUCAGCCUUCUACGCGGAACACGUGAACAAGCGCAUACAGUUCGAAGCGUGGGUGUGGACCAAGAGCAAGUUCCUGGGCCUGUCUAUAGGGGUACUUAAUAUUGGCAAGGGCACUGUGACCCUUUUGGACUUGGGGGAGGAGUAUACGCACACUUUUCCCAAUGGAUACGGCAGAUCAAUUUUAACAGUGCCGUGGAUAGAGCUCGGCGGUUCCGUAGUGAUAGAGUGCGUGCAGACCGGCCACAAAGCGAACGUGGAAUUCCUCACUAAGCCCUUCUACGGCGGGAAGAAACAUCGAGUCACGUGUGAAGUGUUUGCGGGAGAUAAGAAACCGUAUUAUACUGCCCAAGGGGAGUGGAAUACGCGCAUGGACGGACGGUGGACGGAGUCGGGGCGCACGGAGGUGGUGUUCGACGUGUCGACAAUGAAGCCGCGGCGCAAGCGCGUGGCGCCGGUGAGCCGGCAGGCGGCGCACGAGUCGCGGCGCGUGUGGCGCCACGUGACCGCCGCGCUGCGGGCCGCCGACACGGACGGGGCCACCGCCGCCAAGCGCCGGCUCGAGCAGGCGCAGCGGGACGCCGCCAAGCGCCGCGCGGACGGCGAGCAGCAGUGGCUCACACAGGUGGGUGCACGUGGCGCCGCCGACACGGACGGGGCCACCGCCGCCAAGCGCCGGCUCGAGCAGGCGCAGCGGGACGCCGCCAAGCGCCGCGCGGACGGCGAGCAGCAGUGGCUCACACAGGUGGGUGCACGUGGCGCCGCCGACACGGACGGGGCCACCGCCGCCAAGCGCCGGCUCGAGCAGGCGCAGCGGGACGCCGCCAAGCGCCGCGCGGACGGCGAGCAGCAGUGGCUCACACAGCUAUUCAGUCCAAAAACGGAAGAGGGCUGGGAGUACAACACACCACUCAAGAAGCGGAUCGAAGCCAACAAGCCGUCCCCGGAGCGGCAACCCGAAAACGCAGAAACAAGAUAAUGCGUAAAAAUAUAAUUAAUAUUGAUUUAAAACAGGUUCGCAAUCAAUUACAUUCAGUUAAGAAAAUGUAAUUAUUUUAGGUGUUUUUUUUUUUGAGGGUAGUAGUGAAUAGUGAAAAAUUUGAUAAGCAAUGUUUGGAUUAAGUGAGAGGGAUUUAAAAUGACGUAGAGGUCGUUAAUACAGGCGUAACAUACGAUUUGAUAUAGAAUGAAGAAGGAAUCUUUAGAAAUUCGGCGUCCUAUUGUUAAAUGUUUCAAAAAUAAUACAGUUGGUAUGUAAGAAAAAAUCAGUCUUUAAUUUUUUAAGUUAUCGUAACGCGUAACGUAACCCGAGGGAACUUUCGAACCACGAAAAUAAUAAUAAUAAAUAAUAAAUAAAUAGAUCUUUAUUUCAGAUACCAGAAUCCAUAUUUAUAUAAUAAUAAUAAUUGUUUUAUACAUAUAAAAUUAUUUAAACUUAUACUUUAUAAUAUUAUUUUGCUUAAAAUUUCUAAAAAAAACUUGAAUGUAUUGUCAUUGCGAACCAACACGUUAGGUAGACGUUAUCUACUGUCGAAUUUAGGUAUAUCUAGAUAAUUUUGACGCACUACGAUUUAGUCGCUUAGACGAUUUUGAGACUUGCGUGUAUGGAAUACGGUCUGUUGUUGAUUGAUGUGUGUGCGUUUUCAAUGGCAUCUUGUUUUAUAUUAUAUUUGUUUAUAAUUUUUUUUCUUAAAUAAAUAAAUGAAUUAGAUUUGUGAUUUUGAACUUUAGUACCAACAAAAUAGAGUUUAAUUUUCUUUAAUUUAACUCAUUAUAAAAAAACAAUAUGGCCGUGAAAACGCACGCACAAUAUGUUUGUGAAACAUAAAUUUUCACAUUUAAAAAAUCAAUAGAUUUACGGUUUUCUCUAUUAAGUCGCUAAGGAGUCAAUUGUGAAUAAACUUAUUAAAUAUGAUGUGUACUGGACCAUGGGAAUGAUUGCACAAAUUGCGAUGUUUUCUAACACUCAAUACUAGUUGUCGCCCGCGACUUUGUCUCUAUUCAUACCAAUAUAACAACGU